AUGGAGCUGACGGUGAAGGACUACGUGUCUCUCUCCGUCUACACCUUCACCUUCCUGCUGGGGCUUCCCUCCAACCUGCUCGUCCUCUUCGUCUACGUCCGCAAGGCUCGAAAGCACGGCGCCACGCCCAACGUGGUGUACGCCCUGAACCUGUGCCUGGCCAACCUGGUCCUGGUGGCCUGGCUGCCCGUCAAGGCCCUGGAGACGCUGCUGAAGGACUGGACCCUGCCGGCGGCCGUGUGCCCCGUCUUCAGUUUCUUCCUGUACGCCUCGCUGUACGGCAGCUGCCUCUUCAUCACCGCCGUCACCGUGGGGCGCUACCUCAGCAUCGCCUUCCCCAUCGUCUACAAGCGCUACCGCCACGCGCGGCUGUCCUGCCUCGUGUGCGCCGCCCUGUGGGUGCUGGUCAUCCUGCACCUCGGCGUCAGCCUGAUGGCCGAGGGCGGGGCUUACUUCGUGGGCGUUCAGGACGACGUGUCGGCGUGUUACGGCCACUUCAACGAGUCGCAGCUGGAGGUGCUGCUGCCGCUGCGCCUGGAGAUGGCCGUGGUUCUGUUCAUGCUGCCUCUGGCGGUGACGUUGUUCUGCACGCUGCGCUGCGCCACGCUGGUGUGGCGCUCCAACCUGCCCCCCGCCGCCAAGAAGCGUGUCCUGGCCGUGGCGUUGUCCACGCUGGCCGUGUUCGUCGCCUGCUACGCGCCCUACAACGCCUCGCACGUCGUGGGCUUCGUGCAGCGCGCCAACGUGGAGUGGAGGAGCACGGCCAUGCUGACGAGCUCCUGCAACGUCUUCCUGGAGCCCGUGGUCCUGCUGCUGCUGUCCCCGGCCGGGUCCCGGGGCGUCCUGGGGAGGCUCUGCGGCCGGCGGAGCGAUGGGCGGAGCCACCGAGGGAAACCCUCCAGCGCGUUCACCAACAUCAAGGUGCUGCCUACGCUGUCUGGGCGGAGCCAGGCCGGCGGGACAGAUCUCAGCCAUGGAGAGGACUUUGGUCUGGUCCAGGAACCACGUGGUCUCUGCGAGUGUUCUGGCUACAGAACCAACUGGACCCAAAUGGCAGCCAUGUUUUACAGCCGCCUGCUGCUCGCCGUCUACAUCCUGACCUUCCUGAUGGGGGUCCCCGCCAACAUCCUGUCCUUCAUCACGUUCUGCCAGAAGGUGCGGCGCAAGGCGGCGCCGAUCGACGUGCUCCUGCUCAACCUCACGGUCUCCGACCUGAUCUUCUUGGCCUUCCUGCCGUUCAAGAUGAAGGAGGCGUACGACAACAUGAACUGGCUGCUGCCGUACUCGCUGUGCCCGCUGACCAGCUUCCUGUUCUACGUCACCAUCUACAACAGCACCCUGCUGCUGACCGCCGUCAGUGUGGAGCGCUACCUGGGCGUGGCCUUCCCCCUCAGGUACUCUUUGUGCCGCCGGCCUCGCUACGCUGUCUGGGCCUGCGUGGCCUUCUGGCUGGUGACCUCCUCCAACCUGUCCUUCGUCUACAUCCUGCCGUACUACCAGUGGACCGAAGGUUCCCACACCUACGGCAGCAACGGCAGCAGCCCCGCCCCGCCGCUCCGUUGCUACCUGAAGUUCUCCGAUGAGGAGCUCAAAAUACUGCUGCCGAUUCGCCUGGAGCUCUUCCUCGUGCUCUUCUGCGUCCCCUUCAUCAUCAGCUGCUUCUGCUACGUCAACUUCAUCCUCAUCCUCUCCCGCCUUCCCAACAUCAGCCGGCGGCGGAGGUUGCGCUGCAUCGGCCUGGCGCUCGGGACGCUGAUCGUGUUCACGGUCUGCUUCGGGCCGUACAACGCCUCCCACGUGGUGGGCUUCAUCAACAUGGAGGACCAGGGCUGGAGGAACCUGGCGCUGCUGUCCAGCACCCUCAACGCCUGCCUGGACCCGUUCAUCUUCUACCUGUCGUCGGCGGCGGUGCGGAGCAUGCUGAACCGCUGCUUCAGGAGGAUCGUGGCCAAGAUGUACAUCCUGAGGUGUGGGGGGGCUUCUCACCGUCCGCAACACCAACUCCCCCCAGCUGUGAGAGCCAGGAAGCAGACGGUGCUCCCUGAAGGUUCUGAUCAGGUCCAGAUAUGA